GUCACAAGUCAUGAUCAGUUCAGUUUCAUCAUUUAGAUGUUUUAUACACAGAAAGACGAUGUAGAAUGUCCGUGACUUAACAAGAACGUUCAUGCUGUAAUUGUUAAUAAUUCUGACUUGUUCUUGAAACCAGUGCAACGAGACGCAGUAUGAAGAAAAUCGUUGUUUUAUCUGUCGCCAUCAUCGCUGUCAUUCUUGUAUUUGCUUUUGCUUUCAUCACGUACAUAUAUCGACGACGGCGUUCUCGUCAUGCGUUUGGGAAUAAACCAGCUCCAUUUAGCCCAAGUUACAAUGUCGUAACUGCGUCUGGUAUGGACACUACCGUUGAUACCCUGGGAGCUAGUGUUGGGCCAGAUGUGUCUCCUGUUACUCCAACAGAAUUCUUUAGCGCAGAUUACGUGUCCCAGACUUCACGUCACGCUCUCAAAAAAGAAAUAUCUCGUUCUUCCAUGAUGUCAUUUGGUGAGAUAGAUUUAGGUGAAAUAGAUCCAUCUAUGUAUGAGAUGGAGAACGAAGACGACAGCCCUUCUCAAACGCCAGAGCUUGGUGAAAUUAAAUUUUCCCUCCUUUAUGAUACAUUUCGAAAUAUUCUCCGAGUCACGUUGAUGGCUGCCUUCAAUCUCGCCAAACCUGAAGGAGAUGAUUCAAAACACCUGAACCCAUAUGUAACUAUAAAUUUACAACCAGAAUAUCGUCAUCUUCUACAAUCAAAAGUACAGCAAAAAACCAGAGCACCGAUUUUCAAUGAAAAAUUUGAGUUCGAAGUUCUGCUUUCAAAUUUAUAUUCUCAGACACUUUGGUUUACUGUUUUUAAUUUUUUAACUGGAUCUCGCCACACUGUGAUUGGUCAAGCGGUGUUGCCGUUGGAAGAUUUACAACCGUCAGUAGAACAGAUAUUUAACUUGGACCUGAAUCCUACGACUGAGCGAAUGCAACUGGGUGAUAUUUUGUUUUCACUGGGAUAUCUUCGCAUUGCUGGUCGUCUAACGUUGAUUGUUAUGAAAGCUCGCAAUUUGCCUCAAGCUAGCGUCAAGGGAACAGAUGCUUAUGUAAAAGUAACAUUGAUUCAAAAUGGCCGGCGGACAAAAAAGAAAAAGACCUCAACAAAAAAGAAUCAGGUUAAUCCGGUUUUCAACGAGGCUGUAUCAUUUGACAUCGCUAGCGAGGGCUUGGAAACUACUGGCAUAUUAUUAACAGUGAUUCAUGAAAACAAAAUAAUUGGUUGCGUUCUUGUUGGAGGAAAUACGGAUGGUAAAGAGUUGGAGCACUGGAGACGAAUGAAGAUAUCAGACAAGCCUGUGGCUGAGUGGCAUGCUCUGCAAGACGGAAGAAAAUUUUACUAAAUAAUAAAUUUUGUAUGAUGUGAGCCAAGCUCAUGAAAUCAACCUUGCAAAUACUUCAUUAUGAAAUAGUCAAAACUGAGGCAACUCACAAAAAUAUAUGCAUGGGCGUACCCAAGGUCAGGGAAGAGAGGCCGAGGAUAAAGUUUCUAUACUAAAAUUACGAAAUUUCUGCUGAGGCCUUCUCGCCAAUGAAUAUAUGAUCGAUUUUAGAGACGAUCAGGAAUCACGAUAGUAUGCAAAUGAUUUAUUGAGAGCUUUGUUUCUGGUAGAGAUCACAUCAGUGUAUCGAUAUAGCUUUAUCACAUCGUCUGCGGGAUAAUUAGACCUCAAGACACGUGUUUAUAUUAACGAAUAACUUGUCUGUUAGUAAAAUAUUCAGAUAAACAACCGGUGCACAGGACUACAGUGCAAACUAGAAUUUAAAAAAAGGACUAAAUAUUUGAUAAAAUUGACUAUAAGAGCUUGCAAGAAUUUAUAUAUCCAAUAGACCUU